CUCAUUCCAGGCAUGGCAGUCUAAGGGCGUCCGUCUCUCCUGCUGUCCUUCCAAACUCUUUCAGGCAUUUUGAGCCCCGAGGUGUUUCAGCCCCCGAGGUCCCGGGGGUUGUGCCAUGCAAGGUCCAAACUGCUUGGCCGCUAUGUCAGAGCGAAGCAGCCGCGGAGGGCGGCCUGGAGGGUUCCCCAGGGUCGCUGCUUAUUAACCAUUCCGCGUGGCUUCCUCCGGAGGAAGAUGUGACAGCUCGCCCGAGGUCCUUCCGCCAUUACUCACAGACUUCCACCAUAAGGAGAGGGCCUUCUAUACAAACACCCUCUAAGAUGUUUAUAUGGACCAGUGGCCGGACCUCCUCAUCUUAUAGACAUGAUGAAAAAAGAAAUAUUUACCAAAAAAUCAGGGACCACGACCUUCUGGACAAAAGGAAAACAGUCACCGCUCUCAAAGCUGGAGAGGACCGGGCCAUUCUCCUGGGACUGGCCAUGAUGGUUUGUGCCAUAAUGAUGUACUUUCUGCUAGGAAUCACGCUCCUCCGAUCAUACAUGCAAAGUGUAUGGACAGAAGAGUCUCAAUGUACGUUGCUUAAUGCUUCCAUCACCGAAACGUUUAACUGCUCUUUUAAUUGUGGUCCCGACUGUCGGAAGCUCUCUCAGUACCCCUGCCUCCAGGUCUACGUUAACCUAACUUCUUCGGGGCAAAAGCUCUUACUUUACCACACAGAAGAAACGAUGAAAAUCAAUUCCGAGUGUUCUUACAUACCCAAGUGUGGCAAGAAUUUCGAAGAGUCCUUGUCCGUGGUGAAUGUGGUGAUGGAGAACUUCAGGAAGUACCAGCGUUUCUCCUGCUUUUCCGACCCAUCUGGCAUCCAGAAGAGCGUCAUCUUAACCAAACUCUACAGCUCCAACGUGCUGUUCCAUUCACUCUUCUGGCCCACGUGCAUGAUGAGUGGGGGCGUGGCAAUUGUGGCCAUGGUGAAACUCACGCAGUACCUCUCCUUGCUUUGCGAACGUAUCCAGCGGAUCAACAGAUAGAGGCCAGGCCAGCCGGGACAAGGGUUUUCUUUAACGUGCAAAUACUGGUUUCUCUCAUUCUUCACCAAAGAACCUUAAGUUUGUAACGUGUCGUCUAUUAUGAGUUCCUUAUUCGAUUCCGAUCCAUAGAGCAAUAAUGCAGCUGCUGUUUGAUAUGCAAAUGUGAUGUUUCUAUUCUGUAGAAGACGGGGUGGAGGAUCCCCACAGUUUGGUGUUGGUCGUUUUCAUCCUCUCGGUUCGUUCGCUCGUUCGUUUGUUUUCCUGGUGACACUAGCACUUCCUUCUCCCCUUCCACCAAGAUAGGAUGCAGUGUGAAUCAUUUGUCAAGCUUUGUCAAUGAACGUGGUGUGGUAUAUUCUGUGUUCGGAGUCAUCCUCUCUCUCACUCUCCCAGAGACAUCUCUGCAAUGUAUCUUGUCAUUCAUUGUUUACCAAAGCUGCAGCCAAAAAAAAAAGAAAAAAGAAAAAAAAAUUCCUUUUCUUUUUCUCCAAACUGAACCCUCUAGCAAAAGAUGGGACCAGGAUACCUUCAGCAAGGGUAUUCACCAUUUUCCUUGUAUUGCUACCAUAUCACUGUAAAGAUGAAAUAAAAGUGGUCACCUAUAUUUUUUAUUAUUUUUUACUCAAAACAACCAUUAGCUUUUUAACAAUUGAAAAUGUCUCACUAGUCACAUAAUUGUAACCACUAUAUGUCUUUUAGGGAGAAAAAGAAUAGCUUUGAUCCCAGUCAUAGACCUGCUAAGAGGGGAGGGGAUGAUACCAGAUAAGGGCUGCCUGUCCUAAGAUUUGAGUGAAUGGUGAUGGUCACCCAUAAGGUCGGACUUGAGUGCACAGAUGUUGGCACUGGAAGUCUCCCUUCCUAUUAAUUGUCAACAUCUCUCAAGGGAGCUGUUCAACAGCAUGCACCAUUUUGGACAUUAACAUGCUGUUAAGUAGGUAAAGCUUAUUGGAAUCCUUUCUUAAAGAGGAGAUGUGUCAGAAAGAGAUGGUAAAAGAUUUGUAGGCAGGCAAGAGAAUGUGAUAUCUCUUACUUGAUCUGUUUUCUCUGUGGGGAUCUUAAAGCAAUGUGCUCAGAAUAUUUCUCUCCUCUGCAUAUUUUAUUUUUCUAUUUACAAUCCCUUCCUUUUGUUAUAUUUUAUAAGCAGUCUCAACCUUUUUUCUUAACUGACUCUUGAACUGAAUAAUGGAUUUGAGAUUGUAUCUAUUAGCACCCCGAUUAAUUACUGUGUUCUGGGAAAUCAAUGAGAGAUUGAUUCUAAAUGAGAACAUCCUGCUUCCCCUCCCCUCAAGCCUCAGUAACAGAACAGAGAGAAAACACCAUCUUCAAUCAGUCUCAUCCAUAUUUAAGUACUUUUUUGUAAUAUAGUAUUGAAAACUUUUUAGCUAAUACAAGGUUUUACAAAUCAUACUUGUGGAGUGAACAGUCAAAUUAAUCUGAUGAGGUGGAAAAUAAUCUUCAAUCUUGUAAUCCAUAGUUUGACUUUUCUUAAGCAAAUAAAUCCCUGGGGUAUAAUCAAG